AUGCAUCUCAUUUUUCAGUGUACUUAUUCGAUUCGGUCCAUGUCUACAUGUGUAAAGGUUUAAAAAAGUUUUCAAGUUCGUAAAAAUGACUUUCAAUUUUGAUUUUAAAGUUCCUAAAGUUUUGAAGUCUGUGAAAUACUCGUUGGCGGCUGUUAAUGGAGUGUUUUUGCUGACAGGCUUGGUGCUGAUCAUCGUGGGUAUAACAGCGUUGGUGGCAUUCAACCAAUAUGAACCACUACUCACUAACAGGUUCUUCAACGUAUCAAGCUUCGUGAUAUCUACCGGCGUCAUCAUUAUUCUGGGGUCAGCGCUCGGAUUCUACAGCGCCAUAUCGCAGAAGUUUUACUUUGUUGCUGGGUCCGUCUUACAGUAUGUGGUGCUACUCCUGGUGGUGCUGAUCUUCGAGGUCUCCAUGAUCAUCACUGCCUUCAAUCUCACGAAGAAUGUGCUGAGCGAGAUCCGACCGGUGAUGGCUCAGUCGCGAUUGACGUACGGAACUAAUAUCAACGUCAAUAUGCUGUGGGAUCAUCUUCAGAUGGAUUUCGAAUGCUGUGGCGUUGGAGGACCAGCAGACUAUCAGCUGACUCAGAUCCCAGUCUCAUGCUGCUACAUAGAGUACGGCACCGUAUCUCCCUUCGAGUGUGGAAGCAAUGCCUACUCCGUUGGAUGUGCGGUUCCUCUAGCAGAAUGGCUGACCUUCAAGACUAAUCUCAUGGCUGUGACUGCCGUGGUCCUCUGUUGUGUGCAGGUCAGUAAUGUACUACUCUCACUAAUGGGCGGCUACUUAGCUUACAGAUCGAAGUUUGAAGUUGUCGAGUUGGAGUCUUAAGUUAGUUAGUUUAAGGAUUAGAUUUUAAGAACUAAAUAUUAUGUAGGUAUAUUUAUACAGUGCCUUCUACGAUAGCUAAUGAGAUAUUAUCUAAAAUUAGAGACAAGAUUGAAUUGGUCUAAUGACUUUUUAAGGACCCUUGCAUUUCUGGGACCGUUUUCAGUAUAUUACGUUAUUGUGAUUUGAAACGGUACCUAGAUAUUAAUUGCACCGAAGUAUGUAAAGUUUUUCAAUAAUGAAAUAUCCUGAAAAGUAAAUAUACGAGAGUUGUAAAUGUCAAUUUUUAAU